AUGCCGGAACUUGUUCAAGGUCAAGGUCGGGCGCAGUAUUGCUGGGCGGAAAAAGGCAAACUCGACUCUCUCUCGCGCCUCGGUACAAAACGCGCCGAUGGCCGACCAAGCGCCCAUCUCAGCUCCUGCUCUGUGUGUGUGUGUGUGUGUGUGCAAAAGGGUCCGACUGCGAGUUCGAGAACAGAAACACUGGCGAGCCGGUCAAGAUCAAGCCCUGCGCCGCAGGCGAGGUGUGCCUCAUCAGAGAGGGGGCAGACUCUGGGAGUAAUGGUCAAGGCAAAUGCAUCUUGGAGGAGAAGGUGAAGGACAAGAGGGUGGAGGGCUUCCCCCAUCUUCCCGACGUGAGGGGCAAGGGCGGCUGCGGCGGGCGGACGUGGAUCUACGAGCUGGUUGACGCUGCAACGGGAGAGAAGGGCAGAUUCCUUUGCUAGCCAACACACACUCACAUACGCGCACUUACAACAGCGGAUGGAUAGACUACAUGGGCAGGCCUGCAUGCAACACACACAUCCCCCCUGACACCCCCACAAAACACACGAUACACAAUGCAUGGAUGUGCUGAUGGAUUUCCUUUUCUUCUGUCUUUGCCGUCUGUUUCAACAAACAUCACACGCUAACAUCACACACACAGCUGCCAAUCGUUCCUUUUGCCGUCACGCGUCGGUCUGGCUGUCUGUUGCGUUGUGUGUAUGAGGGAUCCGGGACGCAUCAUUGGCUGUACAGACACACAUGGUUGUUUUGAAAACACCUGCAUGGAUGGACAUCGAUAAAGUGGAUACAGC